UGAAACAAGGUUAAUCUAAAUUUAAAAAAUUAAUUUUUUAUUAAUUUAAAUUGUUACAUUUGAUAUAUAAAAUUAUUUAAAAUAACUGUAAUGUGUAAUAAUGUAAAAGUUGUAAUUAAAGUUGAAAUUAAACUUUUGAACAAAUGGUGAACUAUGAAGUAGUAGAAGAGAAAAAGCUUACAAAAAAUGAUUUCGCUAUUGCUGGAGCCUUUUCUGGUUUUAUGACAAGAGGAUUAUGUCAACCUUUAGAUGUAUUGAAAAUUAGAUUCCAAUUACAAGUUGAAAAGAUUGCUCAUCAUCAUGAGGGAAAAUAUAAAUCUAUUUUGCAUGCUAUUCAAUUAAUGAUCGCUGAGGAAGGUUUCCUAUCACUUUGGAAAGGUCAUGUUCCUGCACAAUGGUUAUCUGUUGUUUAUGGAAUGGCGCAGUUCUGGUGCUUUGAAUCACUUACAUCAAUAACUAGAAGGACUCCACAUUUGCAAAAUCACAAGCAUAUUUCCAAUUUUGCUUGUGGAGCUAUUUCAGGAGGUGUUGCAACACUUUCAUCUUUUCCAUUUGAUGUUAUAAGAACUAGAUUAAUCGCCCAAGGUGAAGAGCAUAAAUUAUAUUCAGGAUUCAUUCAUUGUUCUUAUCAUAUUAUAAGGCAUGAAGGUGUUCCAGUUCUAUUUCGGGGUUUAUUGCCAACAUUUAUUCAAGUGGUACCAUAUGCAGGUGUCCAAUUUAUGUCUUAUAAAUUUUUUGUCAACAUUUUCAAGUCAUUAAUGGGAAGUAAAGAGAAAGAUUAUUCUUUUAGUAGUUCUUUAACUGCUGGAAGUAUUGCAGGGCUAUUUGCAAAAAUUGCUGUAUAUCCAUUGGAUGUAACAAAAAAAAGAUUACAAAUUCAGGGAAUUGAACAUAUUAGAAAGCCUUUUGGGAAGGUUUUUUCUUGUCAGGGAAUGAUGGAUUGCAUACGUAAAAUUUAUGCAAUAGAGGGUGUAAUUGGGUUCUACAAAGGUUUAAAUCCAAGUUUGUUGAAAGCCGUAGUCACUUCAGGGAUGUAUUUUGCAACUUAUGAAUUAAUGUGUAAAAUUAUAGUAGAUUUGAAAAGUUGAUCUGAUAAUAUUGUAGUAAAUGUUAAAUCAAAGUAACUAACAAUAAGUGAAAUUACACUGAAUGUUCAAUUAUUUAUGUCUGGACUGGUGGUUCCAUUGGAUUAAAGUAUGGUGAACAAAUUAAACCUAUUAAGUUAGUUUGGCAAUAUUAAAGUUGAAUAGACUAAUGACUUAUCUAAACUAAGGUAAACAAGUUCUUUCAAUGUAGUACACAAUAUGUAAGAUUUAUUUCUCUAAAUGUAAUAAGUACCAUGUAUUUAUUUUUUACGACUUCAUUGUUCCACUUUCCUCUAGUCAUGUUUUAAAAAAUACCUCAUCGUUGCUGUUUCUAUUUAUAUAUUUAUUUUCCUUACGUACGUCUAUUGUGUAUAUUAGUUACGUAAUUAGAGAUUAUAAAGCGAGGAAUGUUAAAAAUACUCAAUAAAGCAA